AUGGCGGGUUUGUCCUGUCCAGCGGCCUCGCCAGCAUGGAUCAUGGAGAGGCAUCGCAUGUGCGGGCAUUUGCGGGGCGGCGGCGGUUUCAUCGCUGCCCCGCACAGAAGCGCACAGGUGGGCGUGCACGCGGGCAGUGCGCCGCACCUGCUCUGCGAGAUCUCCGAGGCGGAGUUCCACGCCAUGCUGGCCGCAGGAUUGCUGAGCCAGCCCGACAUGAGUGGGCACAGCGAGCCGUUCGCCCACGCCUUUCCACAAGGAGCGCUGCCGCCCGAGCCGCUGCGGCAGCGGCCCCCCGCCGCCCCAGCGGAGGCGCAGGACGCAGGCUACCCCCUGGCGCAGGCCGCCGCGCACGAGCACCCGACCCCCGCCGCUCACGGCCAGGAGGUCGCGCACCUCCACGCCCUGGCGCAGGACCCGAUGGGAAGUGCGGCGGCGCCGCCGCCGGGCGCCACGCCGGGGGCAACCCCAGGGGCCGCCUCCGCGCUUGAGCCCGCGGCGGCCGCGGAGCCAGAGGCAGUGGCCGUGCCCGGGCGGCGCCGGCAGACCGCCAGGGCGAGGCCGUCGGUGUGGGCGCCAGCCGCGGAGACGAG